CUGAGAGCAUGGGCGGCGCGGGUGCGGUCUCUCAGUAAGUCACUGAGCUCGCGUAACGAUCAUACGAGGAACCACCGAAAGAGCAAGACAGAGAACGGCAUGGGCCACGAUCAUGGUGGCGCGAGCAUAGUCGUCGGCAUUCCAAGCAGGCUCCUUCAUAGGGCCCGGAGCAGGUAUAGACCACGGACCAACAAAAGAACAAACAACAUAGAGAAAAG